UACACACUGAUAUCAUUGUUUUAUAUCAACUCUUUUGUAUCUAGCUCUUCUCGUUUAUCGUAGAAAUGCUAUGCCCAAGACACUUCGUGCUUCACUUCAGAAGAGCAGAAACAUAAUGGACAAUUGUUAUACUGUUGUAUCUCCGACCGUGAUCUGUGUGUCGUGGAGUUUGGUGACUCGGACGUUCCUUGUAAAGUUGGAAAUAAUUAACGCGUUUCAGAGGAAACGUGUAUGGAUCUCGGAAUAUAGAAAGUGUAAGUCUCGAAAGAGCGCUUAAUGAACUAUCAACUCGGAAUGUCUCUUAACAGCUUAUUAUCUAAGUCAUGAAGAAACGCAUAUAGAAUUAAAUUUAUUUCAUAAGUGUUGUCACAUCUAAGCGUCAAUUCUUUGAAUGACGUCAGCAGUAACUUAUCUGCAUACCUAUAGGAUAUUUACAAACCCAGACUCGUUUUAAUGAAGGACUUUCUAAGGUAGUAUACAUUUUUACCCAAAUUUACAUAUACUAAUGGUUAACUAUCAUCCUCCGUUCAAUGUGUGUAACUGCUCGAGAUGACGAGUGGCAAACUUCAAUCAUACAUCUAUAAAAUGCGGUCGCUAAAUUUCAGGCAAAAAGCAAUAGUCUUUGUCGUGUGUGUUUUGUUUUUGUUAUUUUGUAUUAACCACAAAUACAAUACUCCGAUAACUUUAGACUUACGUCACGGCGAUGUGCAUGCGCAGUGUGUCAUACCAGAUGUAGAUCCAUUUGACGAGGAGAUUAUGAAAUUUGACUGGCACCCUAAGCCGCCCUCAUGUAGUGAUAGUAAGCCAUUAUUGUUUAUAGACAUGGACGGCCUUAUUCAGUUUAACGCCACAUCACUGGCUACGCGAAAAAUUGCAAAGUCGGACAUAGACUGUGCUUACAACCCCGUGGAACGUAGCGGAGGCGAUGAUAAAGUCGUCUUUAAACCGGAAGUACGUUUCAAGGAACCGGAAUACAUUAAAAGUGACGUUGUAGUCGCUAGUUGUUUGGAUAAAAAUGCCAAGCUUAUAUACAAAAGUGUACUUACAAACGUAGAUUUUAGAACUGUCUUAAAUUCCAAGAAAGUAAAAACUGCAUUUUCUUACCAAUUUAACGUGCUCCUUUUUGGAAUAGAUUCAUUAUCUAGGACCGGUGCACUGAGGAAAAUUCCAAAAGCUAUGAAAUACCUUGAAGAGGAUUUGGAAGGAAUCACUUUUAAAGGAUAUACAAAAGUGGGUGGCAAUACUUUCCCUAACGUUGUUCCAUUGUUGACAGGCAAGCAUGCCAACAAAGAUGAACUAGGUCCCGCCUGGGGACAAUAUUACUAUGAUAAAUACCCUCUUAUUCAGUAUAAUUAUUCCAAAGCCGGUUACGUUACUUUCUUUGCCGAGGACUGGCCGUACUUUUCAACGUUUAAUUAUUUAUCACACGGCUUCAACGUACCGCCAAGUGACCAUUAUUUACGGCCCAUGUAUCUUGCGAUGAAACAACAAGCACCAGUAUCUACAUCUCUGGAACAGGUUAAUCUUUACUUUGAAAAUAAGAAUAUUAAACUAGUGCCAUCUUCGUUGUGUUACAAAGACCGGUUGAAACAUAUCAUUUACCUGGAGUAUUGUAAAAGAUUUUUGAACGCAUAUAAAACCAAAUUGAAGUUCGGGUUUUCAUGGAUGAGUGAACUUGGACAUGACUACCCAGAUUUUCUCGAGAUCGCAGAUCAAGAUUUUACGGAUUUUCUUCAUUGGAUGAAAAUCGAAGGUCACUUUGAUAACACAGUUUUAAUGUUUAUGAGUGACCACGGGAGCAGAAUUGACGACUUGAGGAACACCGCGGUUGGAAGAAUAGAGGCCAGAAUGCCUCUACUUACCAUAGUACUUCCUGGACGUUUUAAACAACAACACCAAGGCCUUGUGGAUACAAUGAAAGAAAAUACAAAAGUUCUAACAACGGCUUUUGAUGUGCAUGCAAUGAUUGACGAUAUAUUACACCAGAAUUUUGAUCUGCAGCUGAAGACAACGCAGCGCGAAAAACCUCCAAGAGGAAUCAGUCUUUUCCGGAAAAUUCCAAAAGAACGGACCUGUGCAGAUGCUGGCAUAAGUGAACAGUUUUGCCCAUGUUUCGUAAGCAAACCUGCUGAUAUGAAGUCGCCGGAAGUACAGAAAGUAGUUAAUUUCAGCGUAGACAAAAUCAAUCGCCUCCUGAAUGAUCAUAGAGAGGUGUGUGAGGUAUUACACUUGUCUCAAAUAAAAGAUGCCCAGCUAGUUACGUCAAACUUCAAGCGUUAUGAGACGAAAAAAACAUUCACGAUCAAAGAAUUUUUCAAUACACCAGUUGAAGAUGAAAAUAAAUACACGGUUUUAAUAGAAACUACACCGGGUGGUGCCUUGUUCGAAGUGACUGCGCAUGUUGAGACCGACGGAGAAGUCAUUCUGAUAGGCGACAUCACUAGAACAAACAAAUACGGCACACAGUCGCAGUGCAUCAAUGAUAAGUUUCUACGAAAUUAUUGUUUCUGUAAAUCGCAAGUAUGAAGGUGAAAGAGUAUAUAUAACAUAUAACCUAUUGAUUGCAGCAUUCUUUUGUCCUUUUUCGGUUUUUGUCCUUUUGACAGAUGCUGCUACGGAGGGCAUAUACUUGUCAGUAUUGUUGUUUUAAAGAAUAUUUAUUCAAUUUUUAAUUGACUUGUGCUAUUGAACAACUGAUUAA